ACUUUGGAGCCGCCCGUUUCCCGGCUCGGCGGUUCCUCGGGCUUCCUCACAGCUCCCCCGCUUUGGGGGCGAGCCACGGGGGAAGUUGCCAUGGCCUCCCCCAAGAAAGGCUUCUAUCGCCAGGAGAUCACCAAGACGGUCUGGGAGGUGAGAGACCGCUACCGGGACCUCCAGGCGGUCGGAUCCGGAGCCUACGGCGCCGUCUGCUCAGCUACUGACAGGAAAAGUGGGACCAAAGUGGCUAUCAAGAAGUUGUACCGCCCAUUUCAAUCAGAGCUUUUUGCCAAACGAGCCUACCGGGAAUUGCGGCUUCUCAAACAUAUGAAGCACGAAAACGUAAUUGGACUACUAGAUGUUUUCACACCAGACGUGUCACUGGAUAAAUUUAAUGACUUCUACCUUGUCAUGCCAUUUAUGGGAACAGACUUGAGUAAAAUAAUGAAGCAUGAGAAACUAACUGAAGACAGGAUCCAGUUCCUAGUCUAUCAAAUAUUAAAAGGCUUAAAGUAUAUUCAUUCCUCAGGAAUAAUUCAUAGGGACUUGAAACCUGGAAACCUAGCAGUAAAUGAAGACUGUGAACUGAAGCCUAGAGGAGACCCAUACCCCAGGGCAAGAGUGAAAGGAGGAGGAGGAAGUGCUGCUGAGAGCCUGCAGCACAGUGAGAUUUGGCCUGAGCAGCUGAAAGCCCAACUGAAUUGUCUCAGAAAUUCUCCAGAUGGGAUUCUGGAUUUUGGCCUAGCUAGGCAUACAGAUAGCGAGAUGACUGGCUAUGUGGUUACCAGGUGGUACAGAGCCCCAGAGGUUAUACUAAAUUGGAUGCAUUAUACACAAACAGUUGAUAUCUGGUCAGUAGGCUGUAUAAUGGCUGAGAUGAUAACAGGAAGGCCACUCUUCAAAGGCAAUGAUCAUCUGGACCAGCUGACAGAAAUUAUGAAAGUUACAGGCACACCAACUCAAGAUUUUGUUCAGAAACUACAAAGCCAAGAUGCCAAAAAUUAUAUCAAAAGCCUUCCAAAAGUGCAGAAAAAAGACUUUGCUGCCAUCUUGAAGCAUGCAAAUCCAUUAGCAUUGAGCCUUUUAGAGAAGAUGCUGGUGUUAGAUGCUGAGAAGCGAGUAACAGCUGCAGAAGCUUUGGCACAUCCUUAUUUUGAGGCCGUUCAUGAUCCUGAAGAAGAAAAUGAAGCAGAAAAAUAUGAUGACUCAUUUGACAACAUGGAUCUUCCUCUGGAGGAAUGGAAACGUAUCACAUACAAAGAAGUGAUAAACUUCCAGCCUCCACAGUUGCCAGAGUCAAAGGAAACAGCAGUAUAACCACAAGUACAAUUUUUUCUCAGAAACCAAGUGAAGGAAGGAGUGUGUACAUUUUUAAAAAACAUAAUUUAAUGUGCAAGCCUUUUAUAAAUAAACUGGAUGUAAUCUGUUUUGACAUUUUCUUCUAAUAGAUAUUUGCCUUUUUUGUUUUAGAA